AUGGUCCACUGCCUAUACUCAAUCAUUUUGGGAGUUGUAAACACCAUCAAUCUCAAACAUCAUCUCGGAAAAGAGGAUGCACAUCAUGUCUUCUUUUUAGAAAUCAUUGUGCACCCAGUUGGCAAACUUCAUCCUUUUGGCCUUGUGGUUGUCAGUGAGGAGUGGUUUGACAGUCUUCUUGUAGGGCCAAAGCUGGAGGUCAUUCUUAAGGAAUUAGAUGAAUGCUCCGCCCCAAAAUGCAAAAAACCAAAGAGUCUUUUCACAAAGUGCUCUUUGCUUGACAAUCGAGGAAGGAGAGAAACUAGUGAUGACUUAUGUACCCUGGCUAAGUAUCACUUCUCUGCUGGGCAGACAUCAUCUGUCAACAUGGAAGACUUUCCACAUCUGGGUUUAUUGGGUGAUCGCCAAUCUGUGCUUCAAACACUGGCUAGUGAAGUGGAUGGAGGGGAAGAUGGGACCAAGAAGCUUGUGUUUUCCCUUUGGUCUGGUGACUUGAAAGAGCAGAUAUUGGAUAUGGCUAAAAGGAAACAACUUGAUCAAACAACUGUUUUACUUUCAGCUGUUGUUUCCAUACCUUUCUAUCAUGAAAUAUGUGAGAAGUAUGCUGAGUAUCUAGAAGGAAAGGAGGACUUCUUUGGAGCAUCAUCUAUGCUGCUAGCUGCCAAUAAGGUGCUUGAAGCCAUUGCAUUACUGGAGCGUCAUGGAUAUUUUCGAGAUGCAAUUGCCCUAGCCAAGCUUCGUCUUCCACCAUCCUCUCCAGUAAUCCCUGAUCUCCUUGCUAAAUGGUGUGACAAACUUAUUGUGGAAAACAAUUAUCCCAUGGCUGCAAGAUGUCAGGUGGGAAUGGGCAGUAUGGAGGAGGCAUUGGUUAUAUUGUCUCGGUGUACAGACCAUCAUUCAAGAAAAGCAGCUGCUGUGAUUGCAGCCAUGCUUGGACGAGGAGAAGUAGCUCAGUCAUAUGGCCUUCAAGUUAUUGAGGAUGCUUUACUCCACUUAGACUGGGAUUUGGCCAUGGAUGUCAUUCAAGAAAUUCCAUCUUUGAAUUGGUGGAAGACCAUGAUUGAAGUGCACAGGAAGAUAUUCUCAACAGGAGAAGAAUUCCUGAAGCUGGAUAAUAUGGGACCAAUGUUUAGUAGCCUUCUGGAGCAUGCAAGGAAGGAAAGGACUUCUCUCCAAGAAUCUCUGAAGACUUGCAUGGAUUUGGAAUGGUCUAUUCCAGAUCUUUAUUCAGAGGACACUCUGACUCUCCUUCCCCAGAUGAAGGAAUACACAGAGAUUACUAAAGUCCAGAAAGGAUUCAAAAAGUUGUGCCUGCAAGCCAUCUGCAAGCUGACAGUUGCCAUUCUCAUGGAAUCAACUGAAAACAUAGUUCACUGCUUCAAACUUUUGCUGGAUGAUUCCAAAAUGAAGGAAGGAUCUGAUCCAUUGCUUCAAAUGGCUAUGGUAACCUCCAUGGCAUUUGCACUCACUCAUCUUUGCAAAGGUAAAAUUGCAAUUGAAGGCUGCUCCAAGUACGUGCAUUUGGGUCUCACAUAUGGGGCUGCCACAUAUCUGAAGUGGUUGAAAGGGCAAGAAGCAAGUCUGGAAGAGGACUCUGUGGACAGAAUAUGUGAAGUUUUAAAUGUCCAGAGUGUUGAUGAUCUCACUGGCAUUGAACACCUUGAAUAUCUCCUUCUCACAUAUGAGCACCUAUUUGCUUUCAUCACUAGUGUGGACUUUGAGGAGCAACUCCGAGUUCAGGCGUGCCAAGUUUUGAAGUCUUUUUUAAAGAAAGAUCCUCUAUCUGAUGAUGAGAGGAAGUAUCUGGAGAUUAAAUGGGUUCAGUUCAGUUCCACUAUUGAAUGAUCUUGGAUGAUCUUCAUUCCAAAUGUACUGUUAGGAUAUGAUUGUCAUAUUGUCAUACAGAUAUCCUCUUUGCCUGGACAAAAAGAGAACAUCAGUUUCUGUUAUUGAGAUAUGUUUCUGAUGGAAAUUUUCAUCUUUGGAUAUCUGAACUUGUGAAUAUAUUGAAAAUGCAGCUACAAAACAAGGGAAAAUCACCAAGC